UUAUUUUCAAAUUAAAAAAUUGAGAAUUUUUAAAAAGUGUGAACAUUUGCAGUUUUUUAAUGGAAUCGAAUAGUUAUCUAUAUUGAUAUUUAUUGUGAAUAUGCAUAUACAUGCACCGCCAUUUUUACCUUGACGUUUCAGAUAAAAUUUUGUUUAGAUUUAAUGAAAUCAAAUUAGUGUGCAGGCCUACACAUGCAAAGCAACAAUGGAGCAAGAGCAUCGGACAAAAAUUUUAAGCAAUAUCGACCGACUAGUUAAAUUUACCAAAUAUGAUAUUCUCGUAAGGGCCUGUCUUGAUCAUCAGCUAUUGUUCAGAGUGAUGGUUGAUAAAAUUCAGUUGGCACCAACCGAAGAGGCCCGUCACAAACAAUUGUUCGAAAAAAUAACACAUCGUGGACCAAAGGCAUACGAAGUACUGUUGCAUAUACUCCAAUUGCAUUUUCCUGAUGCAUACGAAAUAUUAACCCAUGUAUCAUAUCGUACACGAUAUGACAAUGAAGAGCCCAGCAUUCGACAACUUAAAAGUGGGCUCAUCCAUCAAGCCACAAAUCAUGUGGCAAAUACUCAUGUUAACAAUCAUGUUAACAACAACAAUAACCAUAAUUUUAAUAACACCACCAACAACAACAACAACAAUAAUAAUAAUGAUAUUCAUUACAAUGCAAUGCCAUCCACAUCGACAUCCAUAUCGCCGAGAAUUCGAGAACUGUCUAAUCAAUUAAUUCAGUCCAGCCUAGGAAAUAAUCUUAAGUUACCACCUCGAAAACCACAAAUUGUAGAAUUUAAGGAACAAAUCAACGCUGAACUACAAAUGCCAGUGAAAUUUUCAACCGAAUUCCAUGGCGAAAGUACAUCCAAAGUCGGCAUUUAUCCAAUGCAUUCGGAAAAACGAGGAAUACUGAUAAUUGUAAAUAAUAUACACUUUAGGAAUCAAUAUCGCAGGCGGAAUGGUGCUGAAACAGAUCGAGACAAUCUCGUAUAUGUAUUUCGUCAAAUGGGAUUUUUUAUAUGUGUGCAAGAAGAUUUAACAAAAUCUGAAUUUUUGGACUUUUUAAAAAAUAUCAUUCAGUUUAAGGAGAUUCAAGACUACGACUGUUUUGUAUUUGCUGUACUUAGUCACGGUGAACAGAAUGAAGUGGAAUUUGUGGACGGAGCAAAAAUGGAUGUUGAAGAUAUUUUGACGAAAUUUAAUAACUUCAAUUGCCAAUCGUUGCUCGGAAAGCCAAAGAUAUUUCUCUUCCCAUUUUGCAGGGGGCCACUGGCCGAUCAUGGAGUGAUACGAAAAACACUUGAACGCGAGAUAACCGGUAAUCUUGCUGAAGGAAUAAAUGUGCCAACAUUUUACGAUAUGAAGGUAUGCUACUCAACACUGCCUGCUAUAACUGCGUCACGUGAUCCAGUGGAAGGUUCAUGGUCUUCAUUAUCAGAAAAUGAAGGGAUUCAACGCAUAACUGAAAGUGAUAGUCGAGUCACAUUAACUGAGCCUGACCCGAGUCCGAGUCCAAGUACAAAACGAGAGAGCAUUGCCACAUUUUAUGAUAUGAAAAUAUGCUAUUCAACGGUAUCCGGUUAUAAUGCAUUCCGUGAUCCGGUCGAAGGUUCCUGGUACGUUCAAAUUUUGUGUAAAGUAUUGGCUGAACAUGCACACGAUACACAUCUUGAGGAUUUACUUAAAAUAAUCGGCGAACAAAUGAACACCAAACGCACGGAACGUGACCAUUUGCAAACGGUGAGCAACGAGGAUCGUGGCUUCAACAAAAAUUUGUAUUUUAAUCCGGGAUUUUAUGGCUGCGAUAACCAAUGAGCAAUAAUUAUGUUUGCAUUUAAUAUAUUUUUUUUUUGUUCUGAUCUUUAUUCCUUUUUUUGACUUUUAAAUAGC